AUGCCGAUAAUAUCGUGCAUCCCUAUUACAGUAUGUCACUGUCUCCAUCUGCCUAUACUCUUUCUCUCUCAGGGUCCUCACAUAGCUUCAGUGACCCUGGCAGCAUACGAGUGUGGGUCCACAGACUUCCCAGAGCCCCCUUACCCAGACCAGAUUGUCUGUCCCGAUGAUGGAGGGUUGGAGGGCAGCAUCUCAAUCUUCUCCAUCAUAUCAAAGGUCCGCCUGGAGGCCUGCAUGUGGGGUGCGGGCACUGCCAUUGGAGAGCUGCCUCCGUACUUCAUGGCGAGAGCAGCUCGUCAGUCAGGAGCUGAUCCAGACGACGAGGAGUAUGAGGAGUUUGAGGAGAUGCUCGAGCAGGCUGAGGGUGCACAGGACUUUGUCACCAGAGCAAAACUGGGAGUCCAGCACAUGGUGCAGAAAGUGGGCUUCUUUGGUAUCUUGGCUUGUGCCUCGAUUCCCAAUCCUCUCUUUGACUUGGCUGGAAUAACCUGCGGACAUUUCCUGGUUCCCUUCUGGACCUUCUUUGGAGCAACUCUGAUCGGGAAAGCCAUCAUUAAAAUGCACAUACAGAAACUUUUUGUCAUCAUCACCUUCAGCAAGCACAUUGUGGAGCAGAUGGUGUCACUGAUGGGGUCUGUCCCUAAAAUUGGACCAGCACUCCAGAAGCCCUUCAGUCAGUACCUGGAAGCACAGAAGAACAAGCUGCACCACGCUGGAGGAAGUGGAUCAGCUGACGACAACUGGCUGUCGUGGGUGUUUGAGAAGGUGGUGCUGGUCAUGGUUUGCUACUUCAUCAUCUCAAUCGUCAACUCCAUGGCUCAGAGCUACGCCAAGAGGUUGCAGCAGCGGAGGCACUCGGAGGAGAAAACCAAGUGAUGAUGGCGCUCGGGGCGGCGCCACCAUCCAAGUGACUGCUGCUGCUGAGGCAGCUACUCAGCUUACCGACAAACCUCACCAUCAUCCAUCCUCAAAAAGGCUGUUGGGAAAAAGGAACAACAAAAAAUGACUUUUUUUGCAGGGAGAAGGGCGUGUGUGCGUGUGCGUGUAAUUGCGCGUGCUGUUGAGGAUGUAUGUUUAACAGUUUCUUAAAGAUUUGUAGUUCUUCCUGUUCUCUCUGCGUGUGAACAAUGUGACUGGUCCUGCUGCUGGUCUUAACAUGUUACUUUAACGUUAACAAAUCUGCUCGUCGACCUCAAAGUGCAGCCGUGAUCCGAUGGUAACUGCCGCGUCGAGGGCAGCGCCCAUCACAUGCUACGCCUUAUGCAAGGAUGGGAACGCCUGGAUUCCCUCGGAUAUAAAUCUUGACUCAUUUACUUGAUUUUAAUUUAAUUUUGUAACCGUUCUGAAUGGAAAUAGUUGAUUCUUACAAUGUGCUGCCAAGAUAACUGCAACUGAUGUUUGUUUUCAUGUCUUUAUCCGGUGAGACCUUUUUAUUUUAAGUGCUGUCAGUUUCAAGUAAUGAGGAUGAAGAGGAAAAAAAGCAAUAUCAACUUAAAGUAGGGAGGUAAUAUUGGUUUGCACAUUGUGUAAAUAUGUUAAUAUUUCUCUGACAGUAUGCUUGGUUGUGUUUCUAUUCCAUUCGUUGACAAAGAUAUGGGUAAAGUGGCAAUGUACUCUGAAUAAAUGGUCCCAUUUCUACUCUGUACAUUUAGGUCAAACCUUGGAUCAGAUCAUCUAUAAAACAAGAGGAAAAAUGACGUUUUUCUAAUGAGUCUUAUUUGGUAUUUUCUUUUAUUAAUGCUCAUUUUGAAGACGCUUCUUUGUUCCUGUGUCGACUACAGAGCUAAUGCCUCUACAAGGUAAGUGAUGGAUUUCACAAAGUAUUUUAUCUUUUUAAACUGCGUUGUGACCCUCCUAGUUGU